AUGUCCAGAAAAUCAAGAAUACAAACCCUGUGGGCCAGCCUGCCCAGCAAACUGCACCCACCCUGA